GUGGACCCCCGUGGCGCCGGCUGGGGUAUCACCGCGGGCCUCGACCCGGAAAUGGCGCUGCUGGCCGAACACCUGCUGAAGCCGCUGCCCGCGGACAAACAGAUCGAGACCGGGCCCUUCCUGGAGGCGGUGUCCCACCUGCCGCCCUUCUUCGAUUGCCUUGGGUCCCCAGUGUUCACGCCCAUCAAGGCAGACAUAAGUGGCAACAUCACGAAAAUCAAAGCCGUGUAUGACACCAACCCAGGCAAGUUCAGGACCCUGCAGAACAUUCUGGAGGUGGAGAAGGAAAUGUACCCAGCAGAAUGGCCCAAAGUGGGGGCCACAUUGGCGCUGCUAUGGUUGAAAAGGGGUCUGCGCUUCAUCCAGGUGUUUCUGCAGAGCAUCUGUGACGGAGAACGGGACGAGAACCACCCCAACCUCAUCCGUGUAAACGCCACCAAGGCCUACGAGAUGGCCCUGAAGAAAUACCACGGGUGGAUCGUACAGAAGGUCUUCCAGGCCGCGCUGUACGCAGCACCCUACAAGUCUGACUUCCUGAAGGCGCUCUCCAAGGGGCAGAACGUGACGGAGGAGGAGUGCCUGGAGAAGACUCGCCUCUUCCUGGUCAACUACACGGCCACCAUUGAUGCCAUCUACGAGAUGUACACCAAGAUGAAUGCAGAGCUCAACUACACGGUGUAGGCACCGCGGGUACACGGCCCCCCGCGGGGGCUGAGCCACCCGAAUCACUGUGAAUCAGCCGGGCCACCAGCCCCCAGGCCAGCCUGGGUCUGCAGAGGCGCAGGCCUUGGCUUUUUAAGGCUUUUUUUUUUGGCCUGUUCUAACGAAGCAAUAAACACCAGUCCUCCUUCCAACACUCCUUGGAUGUGCCCUACAGCACAGGCUGGCACACACCUCCUUGUCAGUGUGAUACAAACCAGUUAACAUUGCUAAUAAAUCUAGUCCUAGGAUUUUUUUUUUUUUUCCUCUUUCCCUAAGGAACCCUGCCUCACUCCAGGUCCUCCCGGGGACCUCACCCAGUGAUGUCUUAGGUCUUCUAAAGACUAUGACCAGUUUGAUUGAAGAGUAUGCAGGGUCUCUGCUGUGGCAUUUGUUUGAAAGCAAGCUGACAGGGCCUCAUGUGGCUCACACAGCCUGGUCUGUGGCACUGUCAGAAACCCUACUCUCUCUCUGUCUUUUGGCAGACAGGUUUGUUUCUUGUGUGUGUGUGUGUGUGUGUGUGUGUGUGUGUGUGUGUGUGUGUGCGCGUGCGUGUGUGUGAAUAGCUGAAGCACACCAGCAAGGCUUUUUAAGCCGCUGACCACGCACAAGCAGGUGAUCGUGUGACUGUUUUUGCAUUCGUCUGCCUAACUACUUUCUUCAGGGACAGCUUUUCCAACCUCAGAAACUGCCUAUCGUGGGAAUCCUCUAGAGGGGGCCUAGGAACCCUCCAGCUGCGAUACCCAAGAAACUGCCUCACUGCUUUCACCUUCCUGGCGCUAAAAAGAGCUAUUUUUUUAAAGUAUUGGGGCAAACAAGACAGCCCCAAAAGAAUUGAUGUGUCUUUAAAAUUAAAAAAAAUAAUAAUAAGGAACAAUUGGUGAUUUUUAUGCAGAAACUAAAUAAUCCUUAAUAAAUCUCUAUUUUGGAAUCGCA